UGUUAAGGCAGCUGGGAUACAAGUAGCAGCAGAACAUCUAUUGCAUUUCAAAUCCUUUUGCUUUCCUGUAAACCUCAGAGAUUUAGUCAACUUUUCAUCAGCAUUUUUCUUCAGAAGACAGGAUACACCUUUUCCUCUUUCUAAAAGAAGGAACUGUUCUGCCUGCGAUCAGAAGCAACUGCUUUCAGUAUCACAGUUUUUGCUACUUGACUUGUGAUACAUUUAGCGCAAGAAUUCUUCCCCGGAAUUAUCCACUUUGCUUGAUGAUGAAGAAAAGCUUGUAAGUAGCUAGCCUGAGACUUUGCAUGAUCUGAGUUCAAUUUGAUGACUCGUGGCGAAAAUAUGCAGAGCAACGUGACGACAUGCAGUGCCACCAUUGAUGAUUUCCGGAAUCAAGUGUACACUACAACGUACUCUAUAAUCUCGGUGUUCGGCUUAUUAGGAAAUGGCUUUGUGCUGUGUGUCCUUAUAAGAACAUUCCAGGAGAAAACAGCCUUCCAGAUAUACAUGGUCAACCUUGCUACUUCAGACCUGUUGUUUGUGUGCACACUGCCUCUGCGGGUGGUGUACUAUGUCCACAAGGGAGACUGGUUCUUUGGUGACUUCCUAUGCCGGAUCAGCUCCUACGCCAUGUACGUCAACUUGUACUGCAGCAUCAUGUUCAUGACGGCCAUGAGCUUCUUCCGCUGCAUUGCCAUUGUUUUCCCCAUGCAGAACCUCAGGUUUGUAACUCGGAAGAAAGCCGUGCUGGUAUGCGGGGCCAUUUGGAUCUUCGUGAUACUGACAAGUGUGCCAUUUCUGCUGAGUGGCUCAUACCUGGACAGUUCGAGCAACAAGACUAAGUGCUUUGAGCCCCCACCAAUAGAUCAGAUGCUGAAACUGGUGGUCCUCCAUUAUAUUGCAUUAUUUAUUGGCUUCAUCAUUCCCGUCACCACCAUCGCCGCCUGCUACACCAUGAUCAUAAGAACCUUGCUGAAAAAUUCCCUGCAAAAAAAAGAAGCAGCCCACCGAAAAGCCAUCUGGAUGAUUGUCAUUGUCACCUUGACCUUCCUCUUGAGCUUUGCUCCCUAUCAUGUCCAACGCACCGUCCACAUUCAUUUCAUGAUGAAAGGGGGUUCACGUUGUGAGGAUAUCCUUUACAUGCAGAAAUCUGUGGUGAUAACGCUUUCCCUGGCAGCUUUCAAUUGCUGCUUCGACCCGCUUCUCUAUUUCUUCUCUGGAGGCAACUUUCGCAAAAGGCUUUCUACCUUCCGAAAGGGCUCAGCCUCCAGUGUGUCACAGGCACACAAGUUCAAGAUGUCCUUAAAGAACUUUGAGGAGGAGCCAGCUAAUGGGAAGGCACGAGAAGAGAUGGGCUUAUAGACUUUGCAGAAGCUCCAAAAAAGUUCUGUACAGGGUGGGAACCCAAAAAAGCUGGCACACUGCUAACUCUUAAGUUAUGAACAUGAUGGUGCAAGGCAACCUGGAACUGGCAUGACCUCUGGAGUCAUUCAGAUACCUCUGCAGCAGUCAUACCCUCUGAGGUGCAUUAUCCCAUGUGUGUUGGUGGUUUAGUAGAUGUGCGGGAUGAUUUGUCAUAUUUAUUUGCCACAUUUAUGUCCCACCUUUUCUCCAAGCUCAAGGAAGUGUACAUGGUUCUCUCUCCUCCUUCUAUUUUAUCUACAGAGCAAACCUCCAAGGUAGAUUGGGCUGAAAGAUAGUGGCUAUCUCACAGUUGCCCAGUAAUUGUGCAUUGCAAGUAAGCAAUCAAUCAAUACAUCAAUACAUCCAUCCAUCCAGGACUGCUUGUGCACAAGCAUUUGUGUCCUUCACAACUUGACUUGCAAACAAGUGGUCUUGUGGAGGCAAUGCUAAAGAGUAAACAAUGACUAAAUACUGCUUGUUGUAAGAUAAAGGAACACACAGCACUUUUGAAGCACAUACACACACACACCCCAAAAAUCUGGUCACUGUAGUUUACCCCUCACUGAGUUACAGUUCCCAGUAACACUUAACCAACCACAAGAUUCUUUCCAAAUUAAGAGAAAUGAAUUAAUUUUUAAGUGUUGCAAAGUCACUAUCCCAUCCUAGUGAUCUGAUUCGCAGAAAGUGCAUAGCUAUAACUGGGUAAAGGAGGGUGAAGGUCCUCCGGAGAAUGGGAAAGGGAAUAGGUAUAGGAACCUAGGACCCCUAAGUGCUCUCCACCACUUAUGACUCCUAUGAACAGGCAUUCAGGAACACAGUGCCAUCAUGGUUAGUAGUCAUUGAUAGCCUUGUCCUCCAUGAAAUUCUCUAAUCCUCUUCUGAAGCCAUCUAGAUCGGUGACCAUCACUACCCUAAAUAUGUGCUGUGUGAAGAAGUACAGUGGUACCUCGGUUUACAAACUUAAUCUGUUCCAGAAGUCUGUUCUUAAACCAAAACCAUUCUUAAACCGAGGCGCCCUUUCCCUAAUGAGGCCUCCCGCCACCAGUGCCCUUCAACCGUUCGGAUUCCAUUCUUAGACUGAGGUAAAGUUCUCAAACCAAGACACUAUUUCCAGGUUUGCGGAAUUUGUAAACCAAAUCAUUCUUAAACCAGACUGUUCUUAAACCGAGGUACCACUGUACUUUGUUUCAGAGGUGCCAUCUUUCAAGAUGAUUGAGGGGGCCCGAUGUGAUGUCCUGGCGUCAUGCAUGUGACACCGCAAGUAGUCAGCGGGCAGAGCCAAAUGCCCUCUGAACACUGAGGGGAACUGGAUACACACACCAGUUUUAAUCCCACCUUCCAGUGUACUUAGUAUAAGAUGCAAAGGACUUAAGUGGGGAACCUUUGGCCCUCCAAAUGUUACUGAACUGCAGCUCCCAACAUCCCUGGCCAUUGGCCAUGCUUGCUGGGGUUGAUGGGAGUUGUGGUUCAACACCACCCAGAGGGCUAAACGUUCUCCACACCUGGCUUCGGUAAUCCAGUUUCCUCUUCUCACUUUCUUUCCCCUCCCUUUCAACAGGCACUUUGACAUUCCAUUAUAUCCUGGAGGCUCACAGAGCUUUCUCAGGUCAUCAGUUUGUUUGUUUUAAAAUGUUCUUAUUAAAUUUUAAUUUAACAAAUGUAUACGCUUCUGCAUAUCUAGAAUUUCCACCGAGUAUGUAAGAUCCACUGUCUUAUUUCUUGAGUUGGUGUCAAUGAGACUGCUUGCCAAGAAACUGAUUAAACUGACUUACAUUGUAUAUCAGGGCCGGCCCACCCAUCAGGCAAGUUGAUGUGACUGCAGAUCCUCAUCUCAAUAUUUCCCCCCCUCCUUGUUCCAGAUGUAGAUUUCCCUGGUGGGGAGGGGGGGUGCCAUUUUGGGGGUCCAUCUCAGGUGCCAAAAUGUCUUGGUCUAGCCCUGGCUGAAAUGCAUGCACUAUCUCCAAGCAGGUACCACAAAGCUAUAGUGAGCUCUGAUACUGGUGCAGAACUGAGACCUGGGAGGGCAUGUUUAGAGUUUUGAGCUAAGACCAAGGAGGCUCAUGUAAGAACAUAGAAUCACACAAUCAGACCUUAGGUCCAUCUAGUUAAGUUGUUGUUUAGUCGUUUAGUCAUGUCCGACUCUUUGUGACCCCAUGGACCAUAGCACGCCAGGCACUCCUGUCUUCCACUGCCUCCCACAGUUUGGUCAAACUCAAUCUAGUUAAGUAUUGUCCCGCAAAGAACUCUGCAGGCUAUAGUUUGUUAUAGUUUACUAGGGAUUGUAAAGUCUGUGAGGGGUGAACUAAAGUGCCCACAAUUCCGUAAGGGAAUGUAUGCACUUCAAAUGUGCUUUAGUUAUAGUGUGCCCUAAACCUAGUCUGAAACCCUGAAAAGCUUCUGCCAAUCAGUGCCGAUAAUGCAAAGAUAAAUGAGCUAUGUUUGAAUCCUCUUUCCACACCCAAAGUUUAGUUGGCAAGGUUCUGCAGAAUUUUCAGCAUCCUUGUAAAAUCUCAAGAGAGAGCAGGGGAGGAAAAUGUCAGAGUGACCUAAAUCU